CGUAGCGCAUCUGUAUGCCCAGAAACGCAGCACUGGGGUGUGUUUGUGUGUUCCUGAUCCGCUAGUUUAUUCUCACACUGUCCCAGUUUUGCUGCUCGCCGUUCUUUUAAAGUAAUCUACAUUAAUUUUUUAUAAACGCAGUAGAUGGGACACAUAUUUCAGCCCACGCCUAACGCAUCAGAAAAGUAGCCCAUCAUUAUUUGGUUUCAAGGAAAGGAUGGCACAGGUAGAGGAAUCUCACACUGAAGGGGAGAGCAGUCCUCAGAUGGUCUCCUUGAGAUCAGACGUGUCAGUGAGCCAGGGGAAUGAUGGAGAAGUGGGGCCAUCUAUGAGGAGGAAGAGGAGGAAGAAGAAAGAGCCCCGUCCAGAGUCCAUCAUCGUGUACCGCUCCGAAAUGGAGAGAGGAGAGGAGCAGAGCGGAGAGGAGGGAGGAGAAAGGAGCACAGAGGAGGGAGCAAAAUUCCUGGGAACACCGACAGGAGAAGAAAGGGACUGGAACCUUCCUCCAGACAGCUGCUACGUGACGCUUACUGGCACCAUCACUCGAGGAAAGAAGAAAGGCCAGGUGGUGGACAUUCACGUCACUUUGACAGAGAGGGAACUCAGGGAUCUGGCCAAGUCAAAGGAGCGUCUUGAUGCAGAGUGUGAGGCUGGGGAAGGGUACAAACGAAAGUGUGCCUUAGGAGUGUGCCAGGGACCCCAUGUGGUGCUGUGGAGCAUCUCCUGCGCUCCUGUGGUUUUCCUCCUUUCCUUCAUCACCUCCUUCUACUACGGCACGCUCACCUGGUACAACGUCUUCCUGGUGUACAAUGAGGAGCGGACGUUCUGGCACAAGAUUACUAUUUGCCCCUUUCUCAUCAUCUUUUACCCUGUGCUCAUCAUGCCCUUGGCGUUGUCUCUGGCUCUAUACUCAGCUGUGGUGCAGGUGUCCUGGGCUUUCAGUGAGUGGUGGAUGGCGGUGCGAGACCUGGAGAAAGGCUUUUGUGGCUGGGCCUGUGGGAAGCUGGGGCUGGAGGACUGCUCUCCCUACAGCAUUGUGGAGCUGCUCGACUCUGACAUGGUUUCUGGGACUCUGCAGAGCAAGGCACCCAGUGAAUUUGCCCAGACGUCAUCAGUUUGAGGGGGGCAUUGCUGAUUUGCUGAGCUGUGCAGCUGUAUUCAAAGGCCUUUUUCACAUUUUAUCAGGUUAAAACCACAAACUUUAAUGGAUUUUAUUUGAGUUUCAUGUGAUUAAACAACACAACGUUCACCUUUUGUUGCACUUGAAGCUGCAAGUAUUGUAUGUUAACCAGUUUUGCAUGUCUAGAGACUUACAUUUUUGUCAAUUCUUCAAAAAAUAACUCAAGCAUAUUCCGAUUAUUCGAACAUUAUCAGUGAAUAUUUAUUUUCAAGUCUUGUCAUAAAUUAUUUGUUAAUUAUACCAUUUGGACUUUGACAACAUCACUCUCACAUGAAUAUACUCUGAUCAGAACCAUUCCAGCUCUGACUGUAUGUUUAUGAAUAUAAACCUGCUCUAAAGAGAACCUCUGCCACAGUGUCGAAUGCUUCUAGUACAUUUUCUUUCCAGGAUUGUUCUGUAUUUAGCUCCAUUCAGCUUUUCAUCAUCUCUGACCAGCUUCCCUGUCCCUGCUGAAGAAAAGCAUCUCCACAGCACAGUGGAGAUGGACUACAUACGGCUUCAACCCUGGGGUUCUUCUUGUUAUGCUUUCAAAUUUAAGCCAGAUUUGUAACAGUUGCCUGGGCAACAGAUUCCCCAUCCUGAGUAGUGAAUAUUCUUUUGAUUUGUUCACUAAUGUUCUCUAAUUUAGGUUUCCCCAACUCUGGCCCUGAAGGCACAUUGCCUAGCAUUUUUUUCUCUGCUUUGACAAGCUUUAUUUUGAUUUAUAACUAAUUUACAAGUGUUGGUUGAAAUGCAAUCAUGCAAAUCUGGGGUGUUAAAAGCAGGGAAACAUCUAAAACAUGCAGGGAUGUGUGCCUUUAGUACCAGGAUUGAUCUAACAAACAUAUCAGUCCUUUAAACAGUUUUUGCAUUUAUAAUGAGAUCAGAGUACUCAGAACUGAAACUAUUUAUCAAUAGAUUUUCUUUUUACAGGACCCUCUUUAUGUUGGCAUAAAUAAAAUGCUGCUGUCAUUUUAACUUUUCAUCUUAGUUUGAAGACAAACACAUGGAAGUUUUAAUUCGCAAGAAAAUAUAGUUACAGAUUUUAGAAAUUGUAAUUUGAUAUAAUUCCUACUUUUGGUUGUAAAUAUAUGACUUCAUUUUAAUCUUAUUCUUUAAUUAAACUGAAAAAGAAGAUUUUCCUCAGAAUUAUUAUUUUGUUUCAGAAAAAUGCUGUACAGCAUAACUCAGUAUGUACUGCCCAAACUGUCUUCUGGUGCUGAAUCUUAUUAAACUAUAAGCAUAACUGGUUAUCAGGGUUUUUAUGGUUCUCAACUUCUAUCAUUAAACAGCUACCAGGGUUUACUAAACCAAUCUCAGAAACUUUUCACCUCAUGUUGGCCUUGGCUUGGAAAGCCAUGCUGGAGAUCCAGUAACACAGAAAACUCAACAUCAUAACCAAGUUUCACUUGAUCUGUAAAUAUCUGUAAUAAACAUUUGUGAUUGCUGUGCAAUGACUUGUGUAACUUCCAAAGUUUAGAAGGCUCUGCAUGAACUGUUCCAGUGGGAAAAGUCAAUAGUAACACAUUGUUGACUGAAAGAUUAUUUUGCGUUUUAAAGAGUCUGAUUUCCACCAUUGGUUCUCUAUUUUGUGAUGUUACUUUUUUUUGUGUAUGUUGUCAGUCUAAGUGUUUACACCUGGCCUAAUAAAAACUAUACUUUCCAUGUCUGUUGUAGUAUCAUAGCUCAGUAUUAUUUAAAUAGUCUGGACAGUUUUGUUGAAAAUAAAUGCUCAGUCAACCCUACUGUGCACAAAGACACCUCAAUGUUUACCUGUGUACUUUUGAAAUAAGACAAAAUUUUGGAUUACUAGUGUAAUAAUGAGUAUUGAGUGAUCACUGAUGAUCCAUGAGAAUAUGGUGUUAUAUUUUGAUUUUUUUUAAAUUAUUACUCCACUUACAUUCAAUACAGCUCAGGAGGAUGUCUGGAGUUCUUAAAAAUACUUUAACUGCAGUAUGAUCCAUUCAAAGUGAAUGUCCAAGAAGGUUUUGUUCUUGAAUAUAACUGAAAACCAAAAAAUGUUACAUGAUUAUUUUUAUUCAAAUAUACAUUUAUCUGCUUUUCUCGACAUUCAUUUAUGCGUUUUGGGGUUCGGUGAUGCGGUAACCAUUGGAAAAUAAAGAAGAUUUUAGUUAUGAUGCAUUGAGUGAAGAGGAAAAAAAAUUAAAAAUUCAGUAUUUGACCUGUCAAUCACUGGUCAAAGGCAAUCAAGAAAAAAUGAACAAAUUUGUUCAGCCACUACUUAUAACUUCAUUUUAUUAUGUUUUUGCUCAAUCUCAGCACCAUGAAAUGAACUAUGUGCGAUCAGAAUCUCAUUGUUUUGCUUCAUUUGUAGUUUUCUAGUUGAUAAAUCUUGUCAGAUUCCCAUGUAUUCAUAUUUCAUAUGUUGUCUCUUCAUUUCUGGAUUUAUUUCUGUUAUCCUUUGACAAGUUGUUUAAGCUCCUGUAUGUGUUUUACACUGCAGCACUUUGACAUAAACUGGGUGAGUAGAUAUUGGUUUUAGAUGAGUCAGAUUAUUUAAAUGCUUGGUGAGUCAUCUGUUGGGGUGUGUUUGAGAAUAUGUAACCAUGUAUGGCCUCCCCUUUCUGGGUAUGCUGUUUUUGUUUACAAUAAUA